GUCAGUCACUGCUGAGUUAGUGCCUACCUCAUCCUGGAACAUUUCAAGUGAGCUGGACAAAGAUUCUUACCUGACCCUCGAUGAGCCGAUGAACAACAUCACCACGUCCCUAGGGCAGACGGCAGAACUACACUGCAAAGUCUCUGGGAAUCCGCCUCCCACCAUCCGCUGGUUCAAAAACGACGCGCCUGUGGUCCAGGAGCCCCGGAGGAUCUCCUUUCGGGCAACCAACUAUGGGUCUCGGCUACGGAUUAGAAACCUUGACACCACGGACACAGGCUACUUCCAAUGCGUGGCGACAAAUGGCAAGAAAGUGGUCUCUACCACUGGAGUCUUGUUUGUCAAGUUCGGCCCUCCUCCCACCGCAAGUCCAGGAUCCUCAGAUGAGUACGAAGAAGAUGGAUUCUGUCAGCCAUACAGAGGGAUUGCGUGUGCAAGAUUUAUUGGCAACCGCACUGUCUAUAUGGAGUCUUUGCACAUGCAAGGGGAAAUAGAAAAUCAGAUCACAGCUGCCUUCACCAUGAUCGGCACCUCCAGUCACUUAUCUGAUAAGUGUUCUCAGUUCGCCAUUCCCUCCCUGUGCCACUACGCCUUCCCAUACUGUGACGAAACCUCGUCUGUCCCAAAGCCCCGGGACUUGUGUCGCGAUGAAUGUGAAAUCCUGGAAAAUGUCCUGUGUCAAACAGAGUACAUUUUUGCAAGAUCAAAUCCCAUGAUUCUGAUGAGGCUGAAACUGCCAAACUGUGAAGAUCUCCCCCAGCCAGAGAGCCCCGAAGCUGCCAACUGUAUCCGGAUUGGAAUUCCCAUGGCGGAUCCCAUAAAUAAAAAUCACAAGUGCUAUAACAACACAGGUGUGGACUACCGGGGGACCGUCAGUGUGACCAGAUCAGGGCGCCAGUGCCAGCCGUGGAAUUCCCAGUACCCCCACACCCACACCUUCACUGCUCUCCGCUUCCCAGAGCUGAACGGAGGACACUCCUACUGCCGCAACCCAGGGAAUCAGAAGGAAGCUCCCUGGUGCUUCACCCUGGACGAAAACUUUAAGUCUGAUCUGUGCGACAUCCCAGCAUGUGAUUCAAAGGAUUCCAAGGAGAAGAAUAAAAUGGAGAUCCUGUACAUCCUGGUGCCGAGUGUUGCCAUCCCCCUGGCCAUUGCUUUGCUCUUCUUCUUCAUUUGUGUCUGUCGCAAUAACCAGAAGUCAUCGUCACCACCUGUCCAGAGGCAACCGAAACAUGUCAGAGGUCAAAAUGUAGAGAUGUCAAUGUUGAAUGCAUACAAACCCAAGAGCAAGGCAAAAGAACUGCCUCUUUCCGCUGUACGUUUUAUGGAAGAAUUGGGUGAAUGUGCCCUUGGAAAGAUCUAUAAGGGCCACCUCUACCUCCCAGGCAUGGACCAUGCUCAGUUAGUUGCUAUAAAGACCUUGAAAGACUAUAACAACCCCCAGCAAUGGACAGAAUUUCAGCAGGAAGCCUCUCUGAUGGCUGAACUACACCACCCCAAUAUUGUCUGCCUUCUAGGGGCCGUCACCCAGGAACAGCCUGUGUGUAUGCUUUUUGAGUAUAUGAAUCAGGGAGAUCUGCAUGAGUUCCUCAUCAUGCGGUCCCCACACUCAGAUGUUGGCUGUAGCAGUGAUGAAGACGGGACUGUAAAAUCCAGCCUGGAUCACGGAGAUUUUCUACACAUUGCAAUUCAGAUUGCAGCCGGCAUGGAGUACCUGUCUAGUCACUUCUUUGUCCAUAAGGACCUUGCAGCUCGCAAUAUUUUAAUCGGAGAGCAACUUCACGUAAAGAUUUCAGACCUUGGGCUUUCCAGAGAAAUAUACUCCGCUGAUUACUACAGGGUACAGAGUAAGUCUUUGCUGCCCAUUCGUUGGAUGCCCCCUGAAGCCAUUAUGUAUGGCAAAUUCUCUUCCGAUUCAGAUAUCUGGUCUUUUGGGGUUGUCUUGUGGGAGAUUUUCAGUUUUGGACUCCAGCCAUACUAUGGAUUUAGUAACCAGGAAGUGAUCGAAAUGGUGAGAAAACGACAGCUGUUACCAUGCUCUGAAGACUGCCCACCCAGAAUGUACAGCCUCAUGACGGAGUGUUGGAAUGAGAUUCCUUCCAGGAGACCAAGAUUUAAAGAUAUUCACGUCCGGCUUCGGUCCUGGGAGGGGCUCUCAAGUCACACCAGCUCAACUACUCCUUCGGGCGGAAAUGCCACCACGCAGACGACCUCCCUUAGUGCCAGCCCAGUGAGUAAUCUCAGUAACCCCAGGUAUCCCAAUUAUAUGUUCCCGAGCCAGGGUAUUACACCACAGGGCCAGAUUGCUGGUUUCAUCAGCCCACCGAUACCUCAGAACCAGCGGUUCAUCCCCAUCAAUGGAUACCCAAUACCUCCUGGAUACGCAGCAUUUCCAGCUGCCCACUAUCAGCCACCAGGUCCUCCCAGAGUGAUCCAGCACUGCCCACCUCCCAAGAGUCGGUCCCCGAGCAGUGCCAGUGGGUCAACUAGUACUGGUCAUGUGACCAGCUUGCCUUCAUCAGGAUCCAAUCAGGAAGCAAAUAUUCCCUUACUCCCACACAUGUCGAUUCCAAAUCAUCCCAGUGGAAUGGGUAUCACCGUUUUUGGCAACAAAUCUCAAAAACCCUACAAAAUAGACUCAAAGCAACCAUCUUUGCUAGGAGACUCCAACAUUCAUGGACACACCGAAUCAAUGAUUUCUGCAGAUCUGUAAAAUGCACACAACUUUUGUAAAUGUGGUAUACAGGAAAAACUAGAAAGUCGUAGAAAAGAUUUAUAUUCAAAUGUUUUUAUUAAAGUAAGGUUCUCAUUUAGCAGACAUUGCAACAAGUAUCUUCUGUGAAGUUUAACUGUGUCUUACCAAGCAGGGCAGACACCAGCCAGAAAAAAAACACACUGUGGGAUUAAUACUCCAUCAGGGUGUAUGCCAUGGCGUUGGGAUUGGUACAUCUGGUUUCAAGUACUGAAAACUGCAAACCAGUGAAGAGGAAAAGAACCUUAUGAUUAAGCAUGAAACCAAAAAGGAAAGUUAAACAGUGCUUUGUGUAUUCACCUUUGGUCGCCAUGACUGGUCGUGCCCCAAAAUGUAUAUACCGUAGCAUUUGUCUACCUGCUGCCUUUUCUUCAGGACAGAUGUUCAGGAAUUAUGUUGACUCAAUUUAGACUCUAUGCGUGUUUGUAUGGAAGUGAUGUUCAGAAUCAAUGAGGACACUUUAGGCCAAAUUUAAAAUCCCAGAUGGAAACGAGCCAUAAGACAAAUGUAAGUUUCCCUGAAGCCUUCUACUCAGUGGGGCUUCUUUGGGAAGGUGCAGAGUGUGCCUCUCUGUGAAUCUCCUCUGCUGAUCAUGAAGGCCUUUUCCACAGUGUGUUUACACAAGCCCUUGAAAUCACAUAGGACAUAGAUCAUAAGAAGGCUAGAUGUGGAUGCUAAAAUUGAUCGUUGGUUGAUAGUUCACUUUGUUGCAUUAGAAAUGAGGCACCAAAGGCAGCACAGUCAGGAAAAUGGCCCCUUGGCCUAGAUCAGCAUCCAUGGGAAAGGAACAAGGGUUCCCAUGGGGACAGCCUCACAGGAGCGUCCCUGGACCAAUCAUAUUGAAGCAUAGCGGCGUGGCUAUAGACCAGCCCAUCAGUGCUUGCAUGCUCCUGCUUAUGAGUUGUCCAAGGUAUUGGAGUGCUCACCAUCACUGGACUCUGGGGAAGCAGGAAGCUCUGUGACAGCAGUAUCUAGUUAAUCUAAAGUUUCUCUCACUUUUUUUUUCCUGAUCUGGAAAUGUUCACAGAUUUUAUUCCAGCACCAAGAGUUAUGACAAUUUAUUCAUAGAGUUACUUGGAAUCCAAAGACUAUGAAUUCUAUUUUGCAAAAUAUUUCAGCAUUAAAAAAGAAAACAAGUACUGAGUUCUCACUUCAAAGAGUACUAUGAGCUGAAUUUUUUAAGCUGGUAUACAGGAGCAACAUGAUCAUUUUCACCUUAGAGGAAGGUAUCAAAUGUGCAUCUCAUGUCUUACCUGUUAGCUGUCUUUUGCCAAGUUUAGAAUUCUUAGGGGUUUCAAGUUCUGUAUAGGAAGGAAUGUUAUGAUUGAUUUUUCUCUUGUUAAAAAACAGUGCUCCUUUCUUCUAAGAACAGUGUCUCAAAGUCUCAAUUUUUU